AUGGGCUCCAUGGCGGCGCCGCCGUGCCACCUCGUGGCCGUGCCGUACCCGGGCCGUGGCCACGUCAACGCGAUGCUCAACCUGUGCCGCCUCCUGGCAGCUCGAGACGGCGUCACCAUCACUGUUGUCGUCACCGAGGAGUGGCUCGGCCUCCUCGGCGCCCCGGCGGCGCUGCCGGACCUGGGCCCGCGCCUCCGCUUCGAGGCCAUCCCAAACGUGAUACCCUCGGAGCACGGCCGCGCCAACGACAUGGUCGGCUUCCUGGAGUCCGUGUACACCAAGAUGGCGGCGCCGUUCGAGCGGCUUCUGGACAGGCUCGCGCCGCCAGCGCCAGCGGCCAUCGUGGCCGACGUGUUCGUGCCGUGGACCGUGGGCGUCGGCGCGCGGAGGGGCGUGCCUGUGUGCAUCAUGUGCCCGAUUAGCGCCACCAUGUUCGCCGUGCAGUACAACUUCCACCUGCUGCCACCUGCGGCGGCCGGCGGCGGCGCGUCUCCGGAUGUUGCUGAUCCUUGUUUGAUUGAAAACUACAUUCCCGGCACGAAAUCAAUCAGGUUCGCUGAUCUUGCACCCACACACACCAAUGCGAUACUGCUGGACAAAAUCCUUGAAGCCCACUCCUCUGUAAAGAAAGCGCAAUGUGUCAUCUUCACCAGCUUCCAAGAGCUCGAGAGCGACGCCAUGGACGCGCUGAGGCAAAACCUUCCAUGCCCAGUGUACACGGUCGGCCCCUGCAUCCCCUUCAUGGCACUGCAAGAGCACAAGGCCAAUCCAGACGCUGACGGCUACAUGGCGUGGCUGGACGCACAGCCGGCGGGCUCGGUGCUGUACAUCUCGCUCGGCAGCUUCCUCUCGGUGUCCGCCGCCCAGUUCGACGAGAUCGCCGCUGGCCUGGCCGAGAGCAAGGCCAGGUUCCUGUGGGUGCUCCGCGACGCCGACGCGUGCUCCCGUGCGCGAGUCCUGAUCCGCGAUCCCGCCGCUGGCCGCAUCGUGCCGUGGACGGACCAGCUGAGGGUGCUGUGCCACCCUUCGGUCGGGGGGUUCUUCACCCACUGCGGCAUGAACUCGACGCUCGAGGCGGUGUACGCCGGCGUGCCCAUGCUCACCCUGCCCAUCGCGUUCGACCAGCCGACCAACAGCCGGCUCGUCGCCGAGGUGUGGAAGACUGGGGUCGGCCUCAGGGACAUGGCCCGCGCCGACGGCGUCGUCGGUAGAGAGGAGAUCGCCGCGGCCGUGGAGAGGCUGAUGCGUCCUGACACGGCCGAGGUCGAGGACAUGAGGAAGCGAGCGGCGCUGUUGAAGGACGCGGCUCGGGCUGCGUCUGAAGAGGGUGGAUCCUCGUGGAAAGAUGUCACGACUUUUGUCAACUUCGUUUCACAUUGA